AUGGUCAACGUGACUUAUGUUGAGACGUCACAGGACGUUCUCUACUAUCAAGAAGAUGGCACACCAGUAAUCUACAAUCUUGGUGACAUGGCAUGGAUUCUUACAUCCAUGGCAUUGGUCUGGUUGAUGAUACCCGGUGUUGGUUUGUUCUACUCUGGUCUUUUGAGGAGGAAGAACGCCUUGUCCAUGAUCUUCUUGUCUGUUGCAGGCGUGGCUGUUGUCUCUUUCCAAUGGUUCUUCUGGGGUUACUCUUUGGCCUUCUCAGAUACCGGUUCAAAAUUCAUUGGUGAUUUAAGAUAUUUCUGUCUGAAAGGUGUUCUUGCCGAGCCUUCUGCCGGUUCUUCCAGAAUACCCGCUCUUCUCUUCUGCAUCUACCAAUGCAUGUUCGCCAUCAUUACCGGUGUCCUCGCCAUUGGUGGUUUCGCUGAGCGAUCCAAGAUUGGACCCGUCUUGGUCUUCCUCUUCGUCUGGAUCACGAUCGUCUAUUGUCCUAUUGCCAAUUGGACUUGGAACCCUAACGGAUGGUCAUUCAUCAUGGGUGGAUUGGACUUUGCCGGUGGUACACCCGUCCACAUCUCAUCUGGUACUGCUGCUUUCGCCAUCUCAAUCUACCUCGGUAAACGACGAGGAUACGGUACCGAACGAUUGGCUUACAAACCUCAUAACACUGCAUUUGUCAUUCUCGGUACGGUAUUCCUCUGGUUUGGUUGGUUCGGCUUCAACGGUGGUUCCGCUCUUUCCGCCAAUCUCCGAGCUGUUCAAGCUUGUAUCGUUACCAAUCUCGCUGCCUCCGUAGGAGGUAUCACCUGGAUGUUGCUCGAUUGGAGACUUGAACGAAAGUACUCCGCCGUCGGUUUCUGCUCCGGUGCCAUUUCAGGUUUAGUUGGUAUCACCCCCGCCUCCGGUUUCGUCGGUGCCCCAGCUGCCGUAGCCAUUGGUUUUGUCACUGCUGUCGCCUGUAAUUUUGCCACUAAACUCAAGUUCCUCGUCGGUGUAGACGACACUUUGGAUAUCUUCGCUUCGCACGGUAUUGGUGGUAUGGUCGGAAAUGUCAUGACUGGUCUCUUCGCACAAGCCUCUGUCGCUGGAUUCGACGGUAUCACCGAGAUUCCCGGAGGAUGGUUUGACCACAACUAUAUACAACUAGGUUACCAAAUCGCUGAUUUGACUGCCGGUUUCUCUUACUCCCUCGUCAUGACCACUAUCAUCUUAUGGAUCCUCCACUUCAUCCCCGGACUUCGAUUACGAGCCAGUGAAGAGGCUGAAAUCGUUGGUAUCGAUGAUGCCUACCUCGGAGAAUUCGCUUACGACUACGUUGGAACCGAUCCUGAACUCCGAUUACACCGAGUCGAUUCAAAACCUCAUCUCACCUCUGGUGACGUUCUUGCUGGAUCCCCUCCUCUCGACGGUGACUCUUCCUCCCAAGAGAAGGUUCCUCACGGAGCAGUUGGUAAUGCCGCUGCAGGUGGUGGUCGAGUUGAUGUUUAA